AAAUUUCGGAUUUUUAUGUCGGCUACCCCUUCUUCUUCCUCCAAUAAAAUUUAAUAAUCUUCCAUUUAAAUUUUCCUUCUCCUCUUAAUAGUCCUUUCCAAUACCUCUUUACAGAUUCUGAAAAUCGUAAAUAUUUAAUGGAAAAAGGCAAAGCAACAGCAAAGGAAAUAACAGACUCAAUAAAGAAACUGGAUUUCCGUUCCAACUUGAAUUCCAAAUCUUCUUAUUUUAGUUCCACCUUUCAUUCUUCAAGAUCGAGUUACAAGAAGAUAACACCUCCAAGUUUAGUAAGCUUAUGCCUUGGAGUUGUUGGGAAGCAUUUGGAGGAUAUUAUUGGAGAGUUGAGUGAGAUUGCUGUUGGCUUUCCAGCUCAUGUUAAGAUGGCACUUGCAGCAAUUUCUAGGAGAAGAAAAUUGCUGACUGAUGAUGUCAUCAUUUCUCUAGCUGAUAGUUCCUGGGAAAUUCUUGACCUUUCUGGUUCUGAUGUCACUGAUUCUGGCUUAAUGAACAUAGCUGAAAUCUGCAAGUUUCUUCGAGCUGUAGAUAUAAGCCGAUGCCACAAUAUUACUGCUGCUGGUGUCUCGGAAGUUAUUAAGCACUGCAAGUCAUUGCAAACAUUGAGAUGCGGAGGGUGCCCGAGGAGUGACUACUGUGCACGCAACUCCUUGUAUAUAUUGAAACCAAAGCUGAAUGAUAUGGAGGGGGAUUCGUGGGAGGAGCUUGAUACUGCUGAAAUUGGUCAUGGUGCAGAAUCCCUGCGUUGGCUUGUGUGGCCGAAGAUUGAUAAAAAUUCAAUGGAGAUCAUGGACACCGAGUGCCCACGUAUAAUAGUCAAUCCCAAGCCGUCGCCCUUUGGCUUUAGAGGAAUAGAGGUUCCUAAAGAAGCAUUACCAGACAUGGUGUUGGAUGAUCCUAUUGUCAAAGAUAUUGAUCCUAAAACAUGGGCUACGCAUGGGUUUGCACCAAAGCCUGUAGCUUCCUCCCUUUCAAGCUCAACUGAGUUGUCCAUGGCAGAAAAGUUCAGACUCGCUUUCGUUGAAAGAGACACGCGCUUAGCACCAAAACGAGCAAAGAACGCAAGACAACAUCAGCGCCGUGCGGAGAAGGAAUUGAUGAUGAUGAAUACAAAAGCCAAAGCAUUGGCUCUGGCAUCACGAGCAAGCAAGUCGCUUAGGAACUAGUAUGUAGGACAUCCCCACCUGUUAGCAUUGAUGUGUCCCAGUUUCCUAACCCACUGUUGAUUGUAAAUUAUAAUUAUGUAUCUUCUCGGUUUUGAUUGAGAAAGUAAGCGGGUGAUACAGGGAUCAAAAUCUCAAGUUAUAUUCACGAAAGCAGAAUUCUAUUCAAUGGGUGAUCAAAACAUGAUGAUCCAGGGAUCAACCAACAUCAGAGUGUUCGCAUCUUGGGCUCAAUUUCCAUAUUAGAUAUUUAUUUGUCAAUUGUGAGCAUAGAAAUGUUUGAGAAACACACUGAUAUUUUUCGCUCGUA